UUUAUUUUGACAUCUUCUGGAACAGGAAGUGCCUGAAUGCGUGAUUGUCAAGCUGUAGGACAUGGGGGUUAAAAUUGAAAUUUUUAGGAUGAUGGUGUAUUUGUCGUUUCCAGUGGCGAUGUUUUGGAUAUCAAACCAAGCCGAGUAUUUUGAGGAAUAUAUCGUGAAGAGAAAGAGGGAGAUCUUCCCGCCUGAUGAGAAACUGCAGAGGCAAGAACUGGAAGAUUUUAAGCAGCGCAUGAGGAUCCGCAGAGAGCAGAAGAUGCUGAAACAGAUGAACAUGGCCUCUGAGGAAUAAUUUCUAUACAUAUCGUUAUAUAAAAAUUAAACUAUAUCUCGCUCAUUUUAGCGUCACAAAGGAUCGACUUUGGGGUCAAGGCUUCAUGUGCAACUUUGAAAUGCCUCUCCUAAAGUGUCAGAUGAGAAGUUGUGUAAUUUCAGAAACCGGUGUGGAAACGUGUAUAUUUUUUGUAAAUAUAUAACUUGUACUUAAUUUGACUUUAUUUGUGUGUAACAUGAUGUUCCUAAUGGCUGAAAGAUUAUUAUUAUUAUUAAAAAAUAAUUUAAAA